AUGGCAUCAUCUUUAACUCUACCAGGAAAGGCCUUUGACAUUCCCCAUCCACCAAACUUUAUUGUAGAAGUACUCUCUUACAACCCUCAUUCUCAGAAUAACAGAUUGGAUUUUCAACAAGUUAAAAUGAUUGACUGGAUAAUGGCAGGAGUUGAAUCUGGGAUAUUGAAUGAUGGACCCGAUCGUAAUAUACAUCUCUAUUGCAGAACCAAUCUACUUAACGAGGCGGAAGUCCAUUAA